ACGUUGGCAAUCAAACGUCAUCGCAUGAUGUCAUUUUUUUCUAUUUUAUGUCUUGGAAAAUUUUUAUGUGACGAUAUCUGUUCAUAGGUAAAGAGCUUAGAAACUACAACUUCAGUAAAUGAUAACCUUGUAAACCACCAAUUUAUGGCACUUACGAACAAACUCAACCAAUUUGAAUAAAAAUCACAAAAACAUCAUUGAAUAAAACAACAGAAGUAAAAUGCACGUUUUUCUCAGACCGCACGUAAUAAAAGGACCUUACAGUCUUAUCAGAGGUAUUCAUGAUGCUUCAAAAGUCGCAAUUAAAUGCGUGUGUAGUGGGAACGAUAGGAUAUGCAAACACAACAUUAACGAAUCGAGAUAUUUAUUAAUGGGGAACCCUCAGCUGAUAUCCAGUUAUGAGAGGGUUCCCUUACUUAACCCCCACAUGUACACAAUACUACCCCAAGUUAGAAGUUUCUCUUUGUCGCAAGUUCAAUUUGAGAAAGAACCCCUGAAACCGUCCUCCAAAGUCGAGGUCACUGUGCAAGAAUUAAAGAAAAAUAAGGAAACUGUGAUACCGGCCGAAGUCGCGCCAAAAGCAGUCGUCAAAAAGAGCAUAAGGCAGAAAAUUGUUGACGAAAUUGUUCACUAUUACCACGGGUUCAGGUUACUGUUCAUCGACAUGAAAAUUUCAACAGUAUUGGUCUGGAGGGUGCUCAACGGCAAAACCCUGACACGCCGCGAAUACCGACUUUUGACGCGAACUGUUGGCGAUAUGUUCAGAUUAGUUCCAUUCUCCGUUUUCAUCAUUGUACCCUUCAUGGAGCUGCUUUUGCCCGUGUUUAUUAAAUUUUUCCCCGGAAUGCUACCUUCCACGUUCCAAACGAAAACCGAAAAGGAGAACAAAAUCAAGCAAAAUUUGAAAAUCAAAAUCGAAAUGGCAAAGUUUCUGCAAGAGACUUUGGACGACAUGGCCUUGCAGCACAAGGACCACAAGUCCGACCGAGCGAAGGAGUUCACCGACUGGUUCCAAAAAGUUCGAACUUCAGGCGAACAGGUGUCGAACGAAGAAAUCAUGAAGUUCUCCAAGCUUUUCGAGGACGAAAUCACCCUGGACUCCCUCUCGCGAAGCCAACUCAUCGCCCUUUGCCGCGUCCUGGAAGUGCAAACUUUGGGCACCAACAACUUCCUCCGCUUCCAGCUCCGGAUGAAGCUGCGGACGUUGGCCGCGGACGAUAAAAUGAUCCAGAAAGAAGGCGUGGAAAGUCUGACUUUGGGGGAAGUCCAGCAGGCUUGCCGGGCCCGCGGAAUGCGGGCUUACGGCGUGUCGGAGGAGAGACUCCGCUCCCAGUUGAAGCAAUGGCUCGAUUUGAGUUUAAACGAAAAGGUUCCGCCUUCUCUUUUGCUGCUGUCGAGGGCUAUGAUGUUGCCUGAGACGAUUCCGACCAGUGAUAAACUCAAAGCGACCAUUUCCGCCCUUCCGGAGACGGUGGUCACGCAUACGAAGGCUGCGAUUGGCGAAAAGGAGGGCAAGAUUGAUAAUAAGGUCAAGUUGGAGGUUUUGAAGGAGGAGGAACGGAAGGUUAAGGAAGAACGCGAGGAGCGGCGCGAAGAGAAGAAGAAAUUGGAGCUGGAAAUGGAGAAACAGAAGGAGAAGGAGUUGUUGGUUGAUAAGGCCCCAGUGAUAUCGGCGUCUUCGACGCCGAUUCUUGAAGACACCGCUGCUAGGAUAAGUGUCGAAAAGCUCGAAAAAGUCGAGAAGAAGGAAGAACAGCUACUCUCCAAAGACGUGGAAGUGCUUGAAGAUGCCAUUGACACCGUUUCAAACGAGAAGAAAUUCCUUGUGGAGAAGGGAGAACUCAAAGAAUUGAAGGAACAAAUGGCAGAUUACAAGGAAGAUGUUGAGGACUUGCACAAAACAGUAGCCGAACAACCCAAACCCGAAAUCCGGGAAACCAAAGCCGCUCGAAGGUUAUUCAAGAGUGUCAACAAGAUGAUUAGUAAACUAGACACAGUUCUGGUGGAACUGCAACAAAAAGAGCAACAGUUGAAGAAGGACCUGGAAGUCGAAGCAACUGACAAGACCAAAGAAGAAUUGUUAAAAAUUGAUGACAUUAUCGACGCAAUUAAGCACAUUAAAGGUGUCUCGGACGAGUCUAGAGUCGACCAAAUUGUUAAAGUUUUGAAGAAGAUGGAUGACGACCAUGAUGGGUCCAUCAAAGUCGAAGACGUACUGAAAGUGAUUGAAAUCAUCGGCAAGGAAAAUGUCAAUUUGAGCGACAAACAAGUCGACGAAUUGAUGGAAUUGCUGGACAAGGAGGAAAUUCUUGAAGUGGAGGAUAAGAUAGAGAAAGCAUUGCAGAAGGACAAAGAAGGGAAAAUCGAGGUGAAGGAAGAGGUAGUUAAAGGUGCCGAUACACAAAAACCGAAAUUUGAGGCCAAGCCUAUUAUCGCGCCCCCUGUUAACAGUAUUGAUAAAACGAAACCGAAAGAUAGUUCCAAAAUGCUUUAGUUAAUUCAAUUUUGUUUAAAUUAUUUUUUAACACUUAAUACGAUGGUACCUCUGUAUAUGAAAUAAACAUAUUUAAUGAUUGUUAAUUUUCUAUUUUGGCCACAUUGAAAUUAACAUUUGUUAAUAAAAAGCGACAAUAUA